CGCAGUGCUAUGAGACUCAACAAUACAAACCAACCUUACAUUCAACUCAUAUACUGCAAAUAAACCUAUUUCAGAAACCGUCCGUCGCGAGCAGACAUUUUGCAGCCAUUAUAACCGAGAACGAUGCUCCCACCUUCUUCCCUCGUCCCGCCCCGCACAUGGAGAAGAAAACAUGAGACAAACUCUCAAGAGGUGAAUGACAAUGACUUCUUCAUCUCAACAGAUCCAAAAUUCCUAUCAGCAAAGGCAAUUAAUGAUGCCUUCUCCAUGGAGUUUCUCUACUGGGCGAAACCCUUCCCCGAAGAAGUCCUGAAACAGAUCUUAGCGGGGUCACUCUGCUUUGGAGUUUACAAACGUCCCUCGCGCCUGCGAGAUAACGAACAUAAAGUCGACAUCGAAGAGAGUGAUGCAAGUCGGAAUAAUUCCCAGCUAAGCGGCGAAAAUCUAUCUAUAGAUACCGAAUCCGUUGAACAAGUGGGGUUUGCUCGUCUCAUCACCGAUACCAUCACGUUUGCCUAUUUGGCGGACGUCUAUAUCCUACCUGCGUAUCAGUCCUGCGGACUGGGUUCCUGGCUCAUCGACUGCAUUGCAGAGACUCUAUCCGGGAGCAAUAUGCCGUAUAUGAGGAGAGUGAUGCUGGUGGCAGAAGAAGGCAAGAAUGAAAGAUUCUAUGGAGAUACGCUUGGCGUGCAGGCUAUUGGGAGAGAAGAAAGGCCAGAGAUGGGGAAGUUAUUCGUUUUUCUGGGGAGGAGGGGAGGUGUUCCGUCGAAAACGGUGUCAAAUGCGUAACGUCGCAGUAGAUCUCGAAGACA